AGAUUUAGGAGCAAUAAGAUCAGCCCCCUGCACCAGCGCGGCCACAUUCAGCAUCCACCAGUGCAACAUCUCACAGCGCUUUCAUCAGACUUUUGGUCGGCGGCUGGGAUCGGAUUGAAUUGGACUUUGACGAUUUUGUUGUUGUUUUUUAAUAGAAAACAAAAUGGCUUUGAGAGGACCUUUAUUCCGUCUUCUCAAGACUCAAAUCGGCCACACGUGCCAGCAAAGCAGAGCUCAAUCCGUGGCUGUGCUGGGAGCUCCGUUUUCAAGAGGACAGAAAAGAAGAGGCGUGGAGCACGGCCCUAAAGCCAUCAGAGAUGCCGGGCUCAUCGAGAGGCUCUCCGGUUUAGAUUACGCCGUCCACGACUUUGGCGACCUCAGCUUCCACCACCUUGAGAAGGACGAACCCUACAUGGAUGUAAAGUACCCUCGCAGUGUGGGCGGAGCUAAUAAGAUGCUGUCUGGUGCAGUGAGCAGAGCUGUCGGUGCUGGACACACCCUUGUCAUGCUGGGAGGUGAUCACAGCCUUGCCAUUGGAUCAGUGGGAGGUCACGCCCAGCAGUGUCCUGACCUGUGUCUCAUCUGGGUUGACGCUCAUGCAGAUAUUAACACGCCCAUGACUUCUCCGUCAGGAAACCUCCACGGCCAGCCGGUGGCAUUCAUGCUCAAAGAGCUGCAAGACAAGAUGCCAGCUAUCCCAGGGUUCUCCUGGUCGAAGCCGUUCCUCUCCUCUAUCGACCUGGUGUACAUCGGACUGCGGGAUGUUGACCCCGGAGAGCACCACAUCCUGAAAAACCUGGGUAUCCAGUACUUCACCAUGAGGGAUAUCGACAGACUAGGCAUCCAAAGGGUUAUGGAAGUCACCCUUGACCACCUUCUGUCAAGAAAACAGCGACCGAUCCACUUGAGCUUUGACAUCGAUGCAUUCGACCCGUCUCUGGCUCCGGCCACAGGAACACCAGUGAACGGCGGUUUGACCUACAGGGAGGGAAUCUACAUCACAGAGGAAAUCCAUAACACAGGCCUGCUGUCAGCCAUGGACCUGGUAGAAGUAAACCCAGUGCUGGGGGCGAGCCGUGAAGCCGUGGAGGCCACCGCCUCUCUAGCGGUGGACGUCAUCGUGUCGUCUCUGGGACAGACGAGAGAAGGCGCUCACCCGGCCAUGGAUGAGAUUCCCUCUGUGAAGGAAGACACAGAGCAGCUUCGCCUCUGAAAGCAUGAAGCGAAGCUAUGAACUCUGUCAACAUCAUCCCCGAGCAUUCCGCAACUCUGAACUAAUAGUAGCUAAAAGGUUUUGUUGUCAUCUCUGCUGUUUUUGCUGUUUCAUGAAGAAAACAAAAUUAUGUCAGAAAUCAUAAAACCAUAAAAGGGCUUUUCGGAUUCGAGGAGAAAAGUUCACACUAAUAAUGUUGAGACGGAAGCCUUUGACAUAAUUUCAUUGACUACUACAAGUCUUGAGGGAAGUACUGUUCAUUUAAACGGCAAUACUAACUUAUUUUGCUCUUGUAUGUUAAAGGUUAAGUGUUAGAAGACACAGCUGCCACAUAUUUAUUAUGCGUUUUGGUUUACAAGAGAAUGAACCUGCCUUAGAGGUAUGAUAAACCAAGGUUGACUUAGUUUGAAGUCCACAGCGUAACGUGGACUCUCACAAGUGUUUUGUGGCUGUGCCAGAUACUAGUAAUGAUGUGUUUGCACUUUCGGACCAGCUGUGGUUACUGUAUUUUCUUUAGAGUUUUACUUUUGUAUUUUCACAAUGAACCUACCAGUACAUGUACUAGAAUAACUGUGUGUAUAAAUAUUUACUGACUAUAUCAGUAUUAAUUGGCUUGAAAACUGUCAAUAUCCAGCUUUCAUACAAAUGCCGGCAAAACAAUUUGCAUAAUUAAGCUUAAACUGAUCUGAUGCUUGAUUUGAUGUGGCCACUAAACGAUGAUUGUCAUUGUAACAAAGAGUUUAUAUUUUGGUCUUCCAUAAAUGUGAUUGCAUUUUUU